AGAGGUAAGCGGUGGUGGCGGCAAGGGCUCAGACUGUGAAGCAGCAACAAGCAGGCCACUUCUCCAGUCUCACGCUGCAGAAGCUUACGCCAGCCAGCAAGACAGCAGUGAGCCAAGCGUCUGGACAAGUCUUGGUAGAGUCCUGGCACUGGAAGCAGGUCACUUCUUCACGACAGAGAACUGACCACCAUGUCAGGAUACUGACCACUUGUUUUGGACACUGGGGAAGAAGAGGCAUAUUAAGCUGCAGUUGUUGUUGACCUGAGUGACCAGCUUGGACAGGAAACUGGACGUUGAAAAGAAAUACUGAGAGAAGACAAGUUUUGUGCGCCAAUAUGCUGCGGUCUCGUAGAGAGAGCUUGAAUUCAAGGCCGACCUCUAGCUUUAUGAAGAUGACGACUUUAAGCCAUCAGCUAUGCUUUGUGAUUAUAUGCCUUAUAGCUACUUUUUACAGCUCACAAGCAGCCAAUGUUCCCUUACCUCAAGGUGCUGUAGAUCUCCUUACUGCUGUGAAUCUAGACAUGGAGUCCUCUUUUGGACUUCCAUUAGGAGUAGAUAAAGCAGAUUCUGGAUUUUGUGACUCAAGGGGAGAGUCCAGGCUUCCAGAUCGAGCAUAUAAACUCAACAAUGAAUCUCAGCUAAGUGUAACAACAAAUCAGGUAUUUCCAGAAGUGCCAGAGUUUUACGAUGCUAACCAGUUCCAUCAUUCACUACAAAAUUUCUUUCAAUAG